CGCCCUCGGGCUCCACCUCUGCCCAGAGGCGCCGCCAGCGAGAGGAGCUGGGCUGAGGCAGCUCCGCCGCCCGCCUCCAGGCCUCGUUCCUUCGGCGGGACGGGCGGGAGCCCCUUCUCUUUCCUUCCCCUCAGCCUUCCGCCCGCGGGGCCACAAGCGACAAGCCAAAUGGCGCUCAGCGACCUCUACACGCAGUAUAACAGAGUUUGGAUUCCUGAUCCCGAAGAAGUCUGGCAAUCUGCUGAAAUCACAAGAAACUAUAGAAAUGGAGAAGACCUACUUCAUCUGCAGCUAGAAGAUGGCACGGAAUUGAAAUAUCCAGUUGAUCCCAGAGCUUUACCUCCUUUGCGAAAUCCAGACAUACUUGUCGGUGAAAAUGACCUCACAGCACUUAGCUAUCUUCAUGAGCCUGCCGUCCUACACAAUCUGAAAGUUCGCUUUGUCGAGUCCAAGCUGAUUUAUACCUACAGCGGGAUCAUUUUGGUUGCAAUGAACCCCUACAAGCAGCUGCCGAUAUAUGGAGAGGCCAUUAUCCAUGCCUAUAGUGGUCAGAAUAUGGGGGAUAUGGAUCCACAUAUAUUUGCUGUGGCAGAAGAAGCUUACAAACAAAUGGCAAGGAACAACAAGAAUCAAUCUGUUAUAGUCAGUGGAGAAUCAGGAGCUGGGAAAACAGUUUCAGCUAAAUAUGCUAUGCGAUACUUUGCUACUGUAAGUAGAUCUAGCAGCAACACGCAAGUAGAGGAUAAAGUCCUGGCAUCAAAUCCAAUAACAGAGGCUGUUGGUAAUGCUAAAACCACACGCAACGACAAUAGUAGCCGCUUUGGAAAAUACACAGAAAUCAGUUUUGAUAGGAGGUACCAGAUCAUUGGUGCAAAUAUGAGAACAUACCUGCUUGAGAAAUCCAGAGUUGUCUUCCAGUCGGAGAAUGAAAGAAAUUACCAUAUAUUUUAUCAGUUAUGUGCAUCUGCUCUGAGACCAGAAUUUGAGCACCUUAAACUGGCAAGCGCCGAAGAAUUUAAUUAUACUAACAUGGGUGGAAACGCUGUGAUUGAGGGAGUGAAUGACUAUGCCAGCAUGAUGGAGACUCAGAAGACAUUCACCCUGCUAGGUUUGAAGGAAGAUUUCCAGAUGGACGUUUUUAAAAUAUUGGCAGCCAUUCUGCACUUAGGCAAUGUGCAAAUAGCUCCUGUUGGUGAUGAAAGAUCUUCUGUUAGUCUGGAUGACAAACAUCUCCACAUAUUCUGUGACCUACUGGAUUUAGAAAGCGACAAAGUGGCACGGUGGCUGUGCCACAGAAAAAUUGUCACCACCUCUGAAACUGUAGUGAAACCCAUGACAAAACUCCAAGCCCUUAACGCCCGUGAUGCUUUGGCAAAAAAGAUUUAUGCCCACCUUUUUGAUUUCAUCGUGGAACGAAUUAACAAGGCAUUGCACUUUUCUGGCAAACAGCACACUUUUAUUGGUGUUUUGGACAUCUAUGGAUUUGAAACUUUUGAUAUCAACAGCUUUGAACAGUUUUGCAUCAAUUAUGCCAACGAAAAACUGCAGCAGCAAUUUAACCUGCAUGUCUUUAAACUUGAACAAGAAGAAUAUAUGAAAGAAAAUAUCCCAUGGACGCUCAUUGACUUUUAUGACAACCAACCAGUCAUUGAUCUUAUUGAAGCUAAAAUGGGCAUUUUAGAGCUUCUGGAUGAAGAGUGCCUGUUACCUCAAGGAACUGAUGAAAAUUGGCUCCUUAAGUUAUAUAACAAUUUUGGAAACAAGAAUCCACUCUUUGAAGAGCCAAGAAUGUCAAACACUUCUUUUAUAAUCCAGCACUUUGCUGAUAAGGUGGAGUAUAAAAGUGAUGGAUUUUUGGAAAAAAAUAGAGACACGGUAUAUGAAGUAUUAAUUGAAAUCUUACGAAGCAGCAAGUUUCGACUAUGUGCAAACUUUUUUCAAGACAGUCCAGCACCUGUUUCCCCAUUCAGCUCGGUGAUCAAAGUUAAGUCUGCAAAAACAGUGAUCAAGCCACCUAAUAAGCAGUUCCGUACAACAGUUGGCAAUAAGUUUCGUACUUCCUUAUAUUUACUAAUGGAGACACUUAAUGCAACCACACCUCACUAUGUGCGAUGCAUCAAGCCAAAUGAUCAGAAGCUAGCGUUUGAGUUUGAUUCUAAAAGAGUGGUUCAGCAAUUGCGAGCUUGUGGUGUUUUAGAAACAAUUCGGAUUAGUGCCCAAAGUUACCCAUCUAGGUGGACUUACAUUGAGUUUUACAGCCGGUACAGAAUUCUCAUUACUCAGCACGAACUCUCUCUAACUGACAAGAAACAAAUUUGCAAGAUAGUUUUACAGCGGCUCAUUCAGGAUCCAACCCAAUACCAGUUUGGUAGAACAAAAAUUUUCUUCAGAGCAGGGCAGGUUGCUUAUCUGGAAAAAUUACGGUCAGAUAAGUUGAGGCAAGCAUGUAUUGUGAUUCAGAAGAAUACCCGAGGUUGGCUGCAGCGGAAGAAAUUCCUCCAUAUCAGACAAGCAGCAGUUAUAAUACAGCAGUACUUCCGAGGACAGCGGACUGUACGACAAGCUAUAACUGCAAGAGCCUUGAAAGAAGCAUGGGCAGCUAUCAUUAUCCAGAAGUACUGCCGGGGAUAUCUAGUACGUAGGCUUUGCCAUCUUAUCCGUGUGGCUGUUUUGACAAUCCAAGCUUUUACUCGAGGCUUUCUGGCAAGGAGGAAAUACAGAAAGAUGGUUGAAGAACAGAAGGCUGUGGUACUCCAAAAAUAUGCUCGAGCCUGGCUUGCUAGACGCAGAUUCCAGAGCAUUCGCCGUUUUGUAUUGAACAUCCAACUUUCAUAUAGGGUACAGCGGCUGCAGAAAAAACUAGAAGACCAGAAUAAGGAGAAUAAUGUUCUGUUGGAAAGAUUGACCACUCUAGCCUCAAAUCACUCCAGUGGUAUAGAAACAAUUCAGAAACUUCAGUUGGAUCUUGAAAAAUUAACUGCGCAAAAGAAAAUGUCGGAAGAAAAAGAGAUGAAGCAUAGAGAAGACUACAAACAGAAUGUGUCAAAACUUGAAAACCGCAAUUCAGAGCUGCAGGAGCAGAAGAAGCAACUAGAAAAGGAACUUAAAGAGAAGGAUGAGGAAAUGAAAGAGAAAAUGGAUGACCUGACAAGACAGCUCUUCGCCGACGUUCAGAAAGGAGAAAGGCAGCGGAUGAUGCUUGAGAAGAACUUCCAGAGCCAGAAAGAAGACUAUGAAGAGAAGAUGGAGUCACUCAAGGCAGAAAUAAAGUUUCUCAAAGAUGAAAAUGAUCAGCUGCAAAAGAAAGCCAGGGAAAAACAGCAAAUUGAAGAAGGCUUAAAAAUGGAAGUAGAAGAACUUUCAAACCAAGCAAAGACAAUCCCUGAACUGCAUAAAGAAAUUGAACUGAUUCAGACUCAGAAAUUGGAUGUGGAGAAGCAACUACAGUGCCAAAAGCGUGAAAUGAGAGACAAGUUGUCAGACAUUACAAUGCAACUCCGUGAGAGCUAUGACUUCGCAGAUGUUAGGAGCAGAUUGUCCACUGAAGAUCUGGAGCAUUUAAAUGAAGAUGGGGAGCUUUGGUUUGCUUAUGAAGGUCUGAAAAAAGCCACAAGAGUAUUGGAAAGCCAUUUCCAGUCUCAGAAAGAGAACUAUGAAAGGGAGAUAGAUGGUCUCAAUUCUAAAACGGAACAUCUUAGUCAAGAAAUAAUCCAUUUGCAGAAACUGUUCAGGGAGGAAAAUGACCUCAAUGACAGUAUCCGGCUCCAAGUUACCCGACUAACCUCGGAAAAUAUGAUGAUCCCAGAUCUUAAGCAGCAGAUUGCCGAGCUUCAGAAGCAGAAGACGGAUCUUGAAAACCGUCUUCAAGGAGAAGCUGCAAAGAAUAAAGAGAAAAUGGAAGAAAGGGCAGAUCUGCUGCAUCAUAACCAGGAAAAAGAAGGAACACUAAUAAGAGUAUUGCACGUUCAAAAUGAAAUACGCACGAAGGAAAAAGAAAGGCUGAUAGCCACAUCUGACGAGCUCUAUGAUCAUAUGGAGAAGCAACACGAAGGAGAGAAUGAAACCAAGAACAAAAUGUGGCAAGAUAUGGCAUAUCUUACUACAGAAAAUACGGAUCUAGAAGAGGAGAUGGAUAAGAAGGACAGAAUAAUAAAGAAACUUGAGGAUCAGAUCAAGACCCUUAGAAAGUCUAUAGAAACAGCCCAUGAAGAACCCGUGUUGUCCAUGCCAAAAGAAUACAUUGGAAUGUUGCAGUACAGAAAGGAAGACGAAGGAAAAAUUGUUCAUAACCUGAUCCUUGAACUGAAGCCCCGCGGAGUGGUGGUAAAUAUGAUACCAGGGCUUCCAGCUCACAUCCUCUUCAUGUGUGUGAGAUAUGCAGAUUAUAUGAACGAUGACGGCAUGCUGAAAUCCUUCAUGAAUAUGUCAAUCAAUAGUAUCAAACAAGUAAUUAAGGAACAUGUUGAAGACUUUGAGAUGUUGUCCUUCUGGCUUUCAAAUACAUGCCAUUUUCUUAACUGUCUGAAACAGUACAGUGGAGAAGAGGAAUUUAUGAAGCACAAUACUCCACAACAAAAUAAGAACAAUCUGAAACACUUUGACCUCUUGGAAUACAGACAGGUUCUUAGUGAUCUAGCCAUUCGUAUUUAUCAUCAAUUUAUCAUAGUAAUGGAGAACAAUAUUCAGCCAAUGAUAGUGCCGGGAAUGCUGGAGUAUGAAAGCCUCCAGGGGAUUUCUGGCUUAAAACCGACUGGAUUCCGCAAGCGCUCCUCCAGCAUAGACGACACAGAUGCCUACACCAUGACCUCCAUCCUGCAACAGCUCAGCUAUUUUUAUACCACAAUGUGUCAGAAUGGCUUGGACUCAGAGCUUCUGAAGCAGGCCGUGAAGCAGCUUUUCUUUCUGAUUGGGGCAGUUACCCUUAACAGUCUAUUCCUUCGCAAGGAUAUGUGCUCUUGUCGAAAGGGGAUGCAGAUAAGGUGUAAUAUCAGCUAUCUCGAAGAGUGGCUUAAGCAGAAGAAUCUGCACAGCAGCUCUGCCAAGGAGACGUUGGAACCUCUUUCCCAAGCAGCUUGGCUCCUUCAGGUUAAGAAGACCACAGAUGAGGAUGCCAAGGAGAUUUUUGAACGCUGCACAUCCCUCACUGCUGUGCAGAUAGUAAAAAUCCUCAACUCCUACACACCCAUAGAUGAUUUUGAGAAAAGGGUGACUCCAUCAUUCGUUCGUAAAGUGCAGGCUAUGCUGAACAACAGAGAGAAUUCUCCGCUGUUGAUGCUAGAUACGAAAUAUCUCUUUCAAGUGACAUUUCCUUUCACCCCUUCGCCGCAUGCUCUGGAAACGAUACAGAUCCCCAGCAGUUUCAAGCUUGGCUUUCUCACUAGAAUAUAACAUAUACAGUGGUACCUCGGAAGUCGAUCGGAAUCCAUCCUGGACCUGCAUUGACUCCCAGUACAUUUUCGAGCACAAUUCAUAGUGUUGGUGCUGACCUUUAAAGCCCUAAACGGCCUCGGUCCAGUAUACCUGAAGGAGCGUCUCCACCCCCAUCGUUCCACCCGGACACUGAGGUCCAGCGCCGAGAACCUUCUGCCAGUUCCCUCGCUGCGAGAAGCUAAGUUACAGGGAACCAGGCAGAGGGCCUUCUCGGUAGUGGCACCCACCCUGUGGAACACCCUCCCACCAGAUGUCAAAAAGAAAACUAACUACCAGACUUUCAGAGGGCAUCUGAAGGCAGCCCUGUUUAGGGAAGCUUUUAAUCUUUAAGAAAUUAGUGUAUUCUAAUAUUUCUGUUGGAAGCCGCCCAGAGUGGCUGGGGAAACCCAGCCAGAUGGGCGGGGUAUAAAUAUUAUUAUUAUUAUUAUUAUUAUUAUUAUUAUUAUUAUUAUUAUUACAAAACGUUUGGAAACCAAGGCGCAGCUUCCGAUUGGAAUCAGAAGCCGCGGAAGUCACGUCGAACAUUCAGGUUCCAAAGAACGUUCACAAACCGGAACACUCACUUCCUGGUUUGCUGCGUUCAGGAGCCAAAACGGUCGACUCGCAAGGCGUUUGGGAUCCAAGGUACGACUGUAAACUAAAAAAGAAUCAAUCUCUUGAACGAUAAAUGAACAUAACUCAUCUAUGCGCUUCCUCAAUCACUGUGAAGUAGUGUUUCUUAGAAGAUAAAUUUUUGAAAAACAUUUGGAAAUUGGGGUGUAAGAAAUGGAUUGCUGCAUGUUCUAUGGCCCAUCCAAAUGUCUUUAAUAUUAUUCCCUUUUGUAGAUUGGACCUCGUAGCUUACAGGUGCACAGCACCGGGUUCCAGUCAUGUUGAAGGGACUGGGGCCAUGUACUACUAAAUAACUUUCUAUAAUGAAGGACUAACAAGACAAUUCUUUGUAAUAUUUUACUGUGAUACAGUAUUUGUAACACUGUAAAUUUACAUGCCUGUAUAUGUAUGUUUUAUGGGAGCAUUCAUCUUGGUUAUUUAAUACAGUAAGUAUGCAUAUAAAUGAUAAGACGAAAUAGAUGACGGUUAUACCAUGAUUUUUAUUGUGUCAGAUUAUUGUCACAUAUCUGGGUUCACACUCAAACUACUCAGGUAAGGGAGGAACGCUUGCUAAGAUGCAUUCAUUUGUUGCAAAAACAAAUCCAAAACAGGCAUCAUAUUCCCAGAUGAAUGUCACCGGCGUUUCCAUACUAAUCAUUUUCUCUACUACUGACACAGUUCACUAACACAUUUAUUCUGAAGAAUCCAGAUGUCAUUUCUACCAAGCUGUUGCAUUCUUACUUUUCCACUGUCAAGGUUGUCAUC